AUCACAAUUAGUAAUUAAUUGUCAUUAAAUUAUUGUUGAGCGAUUAGUGAUGUGGUUCGUUGGCUUGAGCCGUAGAUUGUGUGCUUUGCCUAAUACGUAGCGGUGGAAGGGGAGUAAAGAGUAAAAAACAAAUAUCCGCUUAUCAUAGUUACGGAAGUAGCUAAAACACAGAGGACUGAGUUAAUCUGAUCGUCUGGGGUUUUUAAUGGGAUUCAGUUCCACUGAAACAACAACAAAAUGCAUCAAAAAUGAUGAUAAGACACGAGACGAAACCUCUGAACGGUUUCUCUUUUUAAGAGAGAUGUUACGAUAAUUCUAGUAGUUUUAUUUCUAUUUUUAAGUAUUGUUUUUAAGAUGGUUGACGAUGAGAAUGCAGCAUAAUAAUGAACAGCACUGUAACUGAGUUCAUCCUCACUAUGUCUAAUAUUACGACUAAUGAAUGACUUCUGUUUGUGCAGAUGUGUUUUCUCUUAGGCAGCUGCAGAUUAUUACCAACAUGAAAGGGUUUAAAAAAAGGAACCGACAGAAACCAGACUCUCCAGAGUUGGACCCUGAACCCAGCGACAGGUCUGUGGUUAAACCCCCUGCUUCAAAAAGGAUGAAGGUGAAAAAAUCAGCUUCUCCCAAACCCAGCUGUGUGUCUAUGAGGAGUGACAGAUCGAUGGAGCAUCCUAUAAUGUUUAAACAGGAAUUGUUUGAUCAUAGCCAGCAGAGCUCAGACGGUCCCAGUGGUCGGACGUCCCAGCAGCAUUCGAAUCACCUGGACGACAUAUUUAAGCUGCUGAAGGAGAACGUUGUCACUUUUGUGAAGAAUGAGCUGGAGAAGAUACAGAAGAAGCUGGUAUCAGUUUGCACAGAAUGCCUGGAGAGCCAGAGGAAGGAUGAGGAGGAGUUGGAUGGUGAGGAUGAAGAUCGGAGGAAGAGCAGCAGAGAUGCCGUUCUGAAGAUCACACUGAACAUCCUGAGGAGGAUGAAGCAGGAGGACCUGGCUGACUGCCUGCAGAACAGGUGUCAAAAUAAACUCAAGUCUGACUUGAAGCAGAGGGUUCAGUGUGUGUUUGAGGGGGUUCCUAAAGCAGGGAACCCAACCCCUCUGAACCAGAUCUACACAGAGCUCCACAUCACGGAGGGAGGAACCGGAGGGGUCAACGAUGAGCAUGAGGUCAGACACAUUGAAAAAGCCUCCUGGAAACGCGACGGCCCAGAGACCACCAUCAGCUGCAGGGACAUCUUUAAAGGACCACUGGGAAGAAGGACUGGGGUGAGAACCGUGUUGACCACGGGAGUGGCUGGCAUUGGGAAAACAGUCCUAACACAGAAGUUCACGCUGGACUGGGCUGAAGGCAAAGCCAACCAGGACAUCCACUUCACGUUUCCGUUCACCUUCAGAGAGCUGAAUGUGCUGAAAGAGAGAAAGUUCAGCUUGGUGGAACUUGUCCAUCACUUCUUUCCUGAAACCACAGGAAUCCGCUGGUUUGAAGAGUUCCAGGUUGUGUUCAUCUUCGACGGCCUGGAUGAGAAUCGACUUCCUCUGGACUUUCACAAUUACAAGGUCCUGUCUGACGUCACAGCGUCCGCCUCAGUGGAUGUGCUGCUGACUAACCUGAUCCGGGGGAACCUGCUUUCCUCUGCUCGCCUCUGGAUCACCACACGACCCGCAGCAGCCAAUCAGAUCCCUCCCUGGUGUGUGGACAUGAUGACGGGGGUCAGAGGCUUCACGGACCCACAGAAGGACGAGUACUUCAGGAAGAGAUUCAGAGAUGAGCAGCAGGCCACGACAAUCAUCUCCCACAUCAAGACCUCACGAAGCCUCCACAUCAUGUGCCACAUCCCGGUCUUCUGCUGGAUCACUGCUACGGUUCUGGAGGAUGUGUCUAAAUCCAGACAGGGAGGGAUGCUGCCCAACACCCUCACUGAGAUGUACAUCCACUUCCUGGUGGUUCAGACCAAGCUGAGAAACUUCAAGUACGACGGAGGAGCUGAGACGGAUCCACACUGGAACCCGGAGACCAAGAAGAUGAUCGAGUCUCUGGGAAAACUGGCCUUCGAGCAGCUGAAGAAAGGAAACCUGAUCUUCUACGAGUCGGACCUGAUGGAGUGUGGCAUCGACGUCGGAGCAGCCUCUGGUUACUCAGGAGUGUUGACACAGAUCUUCAUAGAGGUCAAAGGCCUGCACCAGGACAAGGUGUUCUGCUUCGUCCAUCUGAGCGUUCAGGAGUUUCUGGCUGCGCUUCACGUCCAUCUCAUCUUCGUCGGCUCUGGAGUCAACCUGCUGUCAGAGGAAGAGCCCAGCUUCACCGCCUCCGAACCCCCAGCAGUAACCCUGUACCACCGGGCUGUGGACGAGGCCUUACAGAGUCCAAACGGUCACCUGGACCUGUUCCUCCGCUUCCUCCUGGGUCUGUCACUGGAGACCAACCAGACUCUGCUACGAGGCCUGAUCACGCAGACAGGAAGUCGGCCAGAGAACCGUCAGGAUACGGUAGCACACAUCAAGAAGAGGCUGGAGGAGAACCCCUCCACAGAGAGGAGCAUCAAUCUGUUCCACUGUCUGAAUGAGCUGAACGAUCACGGGCUGAUGGAGGAGAUCCAGUGGCACAUGAGCUCAGGAAACCUCUCCCCUCAAAGUUUGUCUUCAUCCAAUUGGUCGGCUCUAAUUUUUGUGUUACUGGCUUCAAAAACAGAUUUAGACGCAUUUGAGCUGAAGAAAUACUCAGCAUCAGAAGAGGCUCUGGAAAAGCUGCUCCCAGUGGUGACAGCCUCCAACAAAGCUCUACUCAGUGGCUGUAAUCUCUCAGGGAGAAGCUGCCAGGUCCUGUCCUCGGCUCUGGGCGCCCAGUCGUCUAAUGUGAGAGAGCUGGACCUGAGUAUCAACAGCCCAGAGGACUCGGGUGUGAAGCUCCUGUCACAGGGACUACGGAGCGAGAAGUGUAAACUUCAGACCCUCAGGCUGAGUGUCUGUGAGCUCUCGGAGCGAAGCUGUGCUCAUCUUGCCUCCGUGUUCAGCUUCAGCCCGUCUCUGAGAGAACUGGACCUGAGCAACAACGACCUGCGGGAUUCAGGAGUGGAGCUGCUGUCUGCUGGACUGAAGCUUCCAGCGUGUGAACUGGAAACUCUCAGGCUGUCAGGUUGUCUGGUCACAGUGAGAGGCUGUGCUUCUCUGGCCUCGGUUCUGAGCUCCCAGCCCUGCUCUCUGAAGGAGCUGGACCUGAGCUACAACCAUCCUGGAGACUCAGGAGUGAAGCUGCUCUCGGCUGCUGUGCAGUGGAGGCCGGAGGCUCUGAGGGUAAAUCCUGCUGGAGUCCAGUGGUUGAGACCAGGCCUGAGGAAGUAUUUCUGUCAGCUGACUCUGAAUCCAUUCACGGCGCACAGAGAGCUCCGAUUGUCUGCUGACCUCAGGAGCGUGAGGCGCGUGUCAGCGCAGCAGUUGCAUUCACACGAUCAGGACGCAUUCAACUACUGGCCCCAGCUGCUGUGCAGUGAGAGUCUCACUGGUCGCUGUUACUGGGAGGUGGAGUGGACUGGGCAGGUUUCUAUAUCCGUCAGCUACGGCGGAAUGAAGAGGAGCGGAACCAGUGACGACUGCAAGUUUGGGAUGAACGAGCAGUCGUGGAGUCUGAGCUGUAAUGGAGACGGUUAUUCUACACGUCACAACAACAAGAAAACCCUGAUCUCCGCCUGCUCCUUGACCUCCAACAGAGUUGCUGUGUAUGUGGACUGUGCCGCCGGCUCGCUGUCCUUCUACAGAGUCUCCUCUGACAAACUGACCCACCUCCACACCUUCAGCACCUCCCUUUCUGAGCCUCUUUACCCUGGGUUCGGGUUCUGGUCACCAGGUUCCUCAGUGUCUCUGUGUGAUCGAAACGUUCUCACACAAGCUCAGCCAGACGAUUUCAAAUGACUGACUUUAAAGGACAUCACAUUUGUAACAGAUUCCUGCUUCAUCUGCUGUUUUUAUACUUUGCACUGGUUUUAUUUAAAUGUAAAAUGAAACGAACAUGUGACUGUCAGGUUAAAUGACACUUUAUAUCUUUGAUAAACUGAAUCAAUCUGGACUCACCAAA